GAUUAACGCCCAGUAAUUUUACAUUUGGACUUAAACACUAGGGUGUGCUCGCUCAGGAAACUCAAACAGAGAGAGAGCAUGUUCGUCAAUGGCGAUUAAGCGCCGGAGCUCAUCACUUCGUCGAACACAACCUCCAAAUGAAUGGCCAGAGUCUCCACCCGUCAACUCCUUCCCUUCCGAACCACCCUUCAUCCCCGCCCCACCACCACCACCACCGUCACUCACACUCUCCCUAACACCACUCCUCCUCCUCCUUCUGAAACCGACGGAAAACCACCACCCUUCACCCGACACCACUUCCAAACGCUUCUUCAAUCCUCUUGCCAAACCCCUCGCCACCUCCUUCAAAUCCAAGCCCUUCUCAUCACCACAACUCUUGCCCGUAUACCCUUCUUGGCACGAACCCUUCUCAGCCGCGCUUCCAAUCUAUGCGGCGUCGAUUUCACCCUUUUGAUCUUCCGCUACUUCAACAAUCCCUUGGAUACUUUCUGCGUCAACACGGUGAUAAGCGCUUAUUGCAAAAGCCAUGACCCCCACUUAGCUCAGGUUUUCUACUUUCGCUCUCUGAGGUUUCGCUUCUUUCCCAAUAGCUACACCUUCGUGCCGCUCAUUGGCUCUUGCGGUAACACGGGUUGCAUUGUUUCUGGGCGGAAGUGUCACGCUCAGGUAAUCAAGAAUGGGUUUGACUCUGUGUUGCCGGUGCAGAAUUCUUUGAUUCAUAUGUAUGCGGAUUGUGGGGAUGUUCAGGUUGCUAGGGUGCUCUUUGACAGCAUGUUGGCCCGGGAUUUGGCUUCGUGGAAUUCAAUGGUUGAUGGGUAUUUGGAGGCUGGUGACUUAAGUAGUGCACACGCACUGUUUGAUGUAAUGCCUGAUAAGAAUUUGGUCACUUGGAAUAUUAUGAUUAGUGGGUUUUUGAAGGCGAGGAACCCUGGUUAUGCGUUGAAGUUGUUCCGGGAAAUGGGGAGUGUAGGAUUGAAAGGCAAUGCUACGACUAUGGUAUGUGUGGUCACGGCUUGUGGGAGGUCGGCUAGGCUGAAGGAAGGAAGAUCAGUUCAUGGGAGCAUAAUCAGGAUGUUUUCGAGGUCAAGUUUGAUUCUCGAUACGGCUUUGAUAGAUAUGUAUUGUAAAUGCAGGAGGGUGGAGUUGGCGACUAGAGUGUUUGAAAGAAUGACAAACCGGAAUUUGGUGUCGUGGAAUGCAAUGAUCUUGGGGCAUUGCAUUCAUGGGAGUCCUGAAGAUGGACUGAGCCUGUUUGAUGAAAUGGUUGGGAUGGACAAGGUGAAAGGGGAAGUUGAGAUUGAUGAGAGUCCAUGUGCAGAUAGAGGUGUGGUAAGGUUACAACCUGAUGAAGUAACCUUCAUUGGGAUACUUUGUGCCUGUGCUAGGGCAGAGUUGUUGGCUGAGGGCAGGUCUUACUUCAAACAAAUGACUGACGUAUUUGGUUUGAAGCCCAAUUUUGCUCAUUUAUGGUGCAUGGCUAAUCUGCUUGCAAAUGCAGGGCUUGUUGAUGAGGCAGAAAAGUGUCUGCGGAACAUGGCAAAAUUUGAUGGGGAUAUGUCACGAGAGUCCGCAGAAAAGUGUCUGCGGAACAUGGCUAUUCUCCACAGAAAAUGUCUUAUGGCCUCAAAGGAGGGUAGAAUUCGAACGUUACCUUCUAAUUCACCUACAGACCCUCGAGCUCCUUCCUCCAUAGUUAGCCUGGAAUGCUCAGUUAAGUGAUGGGCCACAUUCACAGAUCGUGUUUCUUUGUCGCGACCAUUGCGUUGGGGACAAGUAGCUGUGUAUCAAAUAGGUUGGGUUACCUUCGGUUGAUCUGAUAUGAGAAAAGGAGAAGACAUUCCGCUAGAGGGGCUGGCUAAGACAUCGCUCACUGGGACUGCCUCUAGUUCAGACACAUAGAUCUCACACUCAGACACGAGAGACUCUGGCUCAACAAGGAAGGCAGUCAACUUAGGCAAGAGAAGUUAGUGAAGCAGAAAAAGGAUUUUUAGAAAAGCACCUCU